GUCUAUGCCUCUUCAAGCUUCAAGGCUUUACCUUCUUCCUUCGGAAAUCGACUCAUAGCGAAUGCUAAUUAUGAUCAGCGCUUCAAGAAUCAAGUUAACCGUGACAUGUUGGCUAUGCUUUUGGUCACUGAGGGUAUUUAUAUCGUGCAAGAGGUUUCCUCAUUUCUCUCCCACCGACUACUUGCACCCCAUUUCGUUCACAGUAAUUCAUGAUGAGUGAAGACCAUAGGCCAGAUCAUCCUCCAGAAGCCUGCGAAGCAACCGUUCAUGAAAGCUCGAGUCGACCUCGUGGUCAAGUCCAGCAGACUAUUCAGAAAAUUUCAAAAGGCUUCACCAAGAAAUUCUCUAAACCUUUCAAGCGUUCCCGCAACCGCAUUCCUGCGGUCCAGAAUGUUGAUCAAGGUUCUUCAUCGAAUCAGAAUGUCGAGGACACGUCAUACCUGCAUCCUUCCACCGGUGACAAACAUCCUGCUUCAUCUGAAAUUCCCAGUGUCUGCAUCAACCAAGGGUCAUCCGGAGAACCUGCUUCGGAGGUUCUUGCCGCCCCGCCUAGCGCAAAGGAAACACGUCGUUCCGCAUCAACUGAUGCUGAACUUCAGGCUGCCCAUGAGGCUUUAGAACACAUGAGAACACUCGGGGGACCUGCGCAGUCUGCGACAUCCGCCGCCAGCAAUGCCUCAGCAAGUCUCACUGCUGCAGAUAAUUUCAGCACCACAUACCUCCAACCCCUGAAAAUUUUCGACACUGCCAUUGAAAAGAUCGCAAAUGUGCAUCCAUACGCAAAGAUGUCGUUGGGCGUACUUUCUGCUGCAGCCAAAAUUAUUCUUGCUCAAGCGGAGCGCGACGAAUCGGUACAACGCCUUCUCCAGAAAUUAGAUCAAGUCUAUGGCUUCAUUAUUCAAGACGAUAAUCUUUUCAAGGUUGAAUCGAUGAGCGAUGUCGUCAGAAAGAUCGCUCAGCAGACUCUCGAGUGUGCCCGUUUUAUCAGGGAUUACUCAGAGACGAAGAGCUUCUGUUAG